UCAGAACACAGGCUGCUAGGAGCAAACCGCUAUAGAGCUGCCCUUGGUCAUGUAACAGCGCACUGCAGUUUACAGGAUAUCAAUGAACGAACGUUGCGGCAGCCUUUCUGCUUGUGAAAAGAUUAACAAUACACUGACCACAAGAUUGGCCACAGUCCCUGAGAGACCAGGCAGUUGACCUUUCUGGGGAUAUGCAGAUGAACAGCCCUUCACUCUGACUGAGGAUUCCAGCAGCAUCCAUGAAGCAUUUUUCUGAUUGGUCUGUGGCCUAUUUUAUUUGCUGAAUGUUUGUUUGAGCUCUGUGAGUAGUUCUUUAAAUGGUCAUGGCGAAGAGGGCUGAGUCCAUUAAUCUGUCCUUCCUCCUGGAGCACGAAAGGCAGAUGAUCCUCAGUGUCCUCCAGAAAGACGAGAAGCUCCGAAAACGAGAGGAGAAACGCAUCAGGAAGUUGAAAAAUGAUCUUGUGGAGCUAAAGCGAGCCGGGCGGCGUAGUUCGGCAGAUCAGCGUGAAUGUGCUGUAUGUUUACGUGCUCUGGGACUGAUCCUGCAGAGGGGAAAUGUGUGUACUAACUGUCAUCGUCGCAUCUGCAACUUCUGCACUGCUACGCCUCCGGGCAGAAACCAGUGCAAAUGCACAGUGUGUGCAAAGACUGCGGAGCUGAAAGUAGUUACGGGGGAAUGGUUUCUGGAAGAGAGAUCCAAAAGGUUUCAACAUGCCAGUGUUCCCAGCAGUGAUGUAGUUAAACAGUCUAUCAUCAGCAGUCCUCUCGAUGGAGGCUCCACCCACAGAACACCUCCUUCAUCAGAGCUGGAGAGAUCUGCCACACCCAGGUCUGAGAAAGCAGCCUCGCCUCAAUCCCAGAAAAGCACUUGGAAGAAUAGAAAAGGCAAAAGAACAGUCGCUGUGGAAUCUUCAGGGUUACCAACAAUACCCAAUAACAUGCGAGCAGAAAUGGCCAAAACACUGACCCAAACAGAGGCAAGAAACAGGCCGGAUGGGGCAGAGAGUGUGUCUAGUAUACAAAGUAAUGACAGCGCUCCUGAGAAGAUAGCUGAUGGGCAGAGACAAACAGAUUAUAGCACACCCUCCAUUGCCAUAUCCAGAGCCUCCCUCUCAUCAGACCGAAGUCGCUCAGAGGUUGACCUCAGUAAUGCCGUGGAGGGUAUUAUUGAAGACCCGUUGAUUAGCCGGUGCCACUCAGUUCCAGGACUGAAUGAUGAGGACUCGGAUGAGGACACUGAUGCUUUGUUAUCAGCCCAAUACAAAACCAACCGCAGCGUCUGCAGUGCGCAAUCAAUGUCUUCCACACCUGCCUCAGAAAGAAAGUGGGGAUUCCUUAAUGUCCCUGACUCAGAUGCUGAUACUACCAGCAUCAACAGUAUGAUGAGUGUGUACAGUGAGACAGGGGACUAUGGCAGCGUGCGGGUUUCCGGGGAGAUCCUGCUCAACAUUUCCUACAGCUAUAAAACAGGGGCACUCAACGUGCUAGUCCGUGAGUGCCGCUGCCUAGCAACCGGGGAUGAGAGGAGACAGCGCACAGAUUCCUAUGUUAAAACAUAUCUCCUGCCAGACAAGUCCCGUCAAAGCAAGAGGAAAACCAGUAUAAAAAACAACACUGCUAACCCAGUGUUUAAUGAAAAGCUGAGGUAUGUGGUCAGUCACUCUCAGCUGGAGACACGCACACUGCAGGUGUCUGUGUGGCAUCAUGAUCGCUUUGGACACAACAACUUCCUGGGGGAGACAGAGCUGACCUUUGACUCCUGGGAGUUUGACACUCAGAUAGAGGAGUGGUUCGCCCUGCAGCCCAGGAAUGAGUCUUAUGUAGAUUCAGUGAUGCAUUAUAAAGGGGAACUGACGGUGGUUUUGAAGUACAUUCCUGCAGAGAGAAAUGUCUCCCAUCCUCUGGACCAAGUGCAAGUGAAGAAGGGUUUUCUGAAAGGAAAGAAGAAGACCAUCACUCUUCCUAAUGGAGGAAUGGUGGAGCUGCUGGUGAAAGAGGCCAAAAACCUGACGGCCGUCAAAGGAGGGUCUUCUGAUUCGUUUGUCAAAGGAUACCUGCUUCCUGAUGACAAGAAAAGCACAAAGCACAAGACAGCCGUGGUGAAGCACACAGUGAACCCUAGCUGGAAUCACACCUUCACAUACUGCGGCUUGCAGCACAGUGAUCUGGACAGCGUAUGUCUGGAACUGACUGUGUGGGACAGAGAACCAUUCACCAGCAACGUCUUCCUGGGUGGGGUGCGACUUGGCGCAGGGACAGGUCUUAGUUAUGGGAAGGAAGUGGAUUGGAACGAUUCCUAUGGAGUGGAGCAGCAGCUAUGGCAGCGCAUGGUUGACAACCCCGAAGUCCCGCAAGAGUGCACGCUGAUGCUGCGAUCCAGCAUGGCCAAGAGAAAGACAUAGAGGAAAAGAUAAAAAAAAAAGGACAGAGCAAAAAUGAAGAAGACGGUGUUUCCCUUGAAAUUCUGAUCUCCACUAGCCACUUUCAAUGCUCUUUAUGUGCUUUGGUGUUACCCACAUUCCCAUUCUAACGUACAUCUGCACGCUAAAUUCUAGAAAUGUACAUGCAUUAAAAACAUACUCGACUCCAACCCAGGUGUGACAGGCAACUGUGUGUUAUACACUCAACAAAAAAAAUUAACUUUGGAAAUAACAGCGAAUAGCACAUGAGGACUAAAAAGAGCACAGUGAACAUUACUGUAUAAACAAUCCAAGAUCACAUUUUGUCCACAAAGCACAAAGCACUUCCUCUGCAAAGACUGAAAAAUAAAAUAUAAAAUGUAAUUUGCACAAAUAGAGUUUUUCAGUUUGUAGUCCUAAUAUCCAGAUGAAAAUGUUUGAGCCAUGGGUUCCCUCUGGAAUUUCCAAUGGAUUUUUUUAAAAAGUAUUGUUAAUAAAAAUAUACUGUUAGUUUUAGAUAAUUGUUUUUUUUUGUGUUUUUUUUUUUACAAUA